AUGCCGACCGUCAUUAGCGCCUCUGUGGCCCCACGGACAGGGGCUGAGCCCAGGUCCCCAGGGCCCAUUGCCCAGGCAGCCCAGGGCAAGGGAACGGAGGCAGGGGGUGGAAACCCAAGUGGCAUCUACUCAGCCAUCAUCAGCCGCAAUUUUCCCAUUAUUGGGGUGAAAGAGAAGACAUUCGAGCAGCUUCACAGGAAAUGUCUGGAAAAGAAGGUUCUUUUUGUGGAUCCUGAGUUCCCACCGGAUGAGACCUCCCUAUUUUACAGCCAGAAGUUCCCCAUCCAGUUCAUCUGGAAGAGACCUCCGGAAAUUUGUGAGAAUCCCCGAUUUAUCAUUGGUGGAGCCAAUAGAACUGACAUCUGCCAAGGAGAUCUAGGGGAUUGCUGGUUUCUUGCAGCCAUCGCUUGCCUGACCUUGAACAAGCGUCUGCUUUUCCGGGUCAUACCCCAUGAUCAGAGUUUCACCGAAAACUAUGCGGGGAUUUUUCACUUCCAGUUCUGGCGCUAUGGAGACUGGGUGGACGUAGUUAUUGAUGACUGCCUGCCAACUUACAACAAUCAACUGGUUUUCACCAAAUCCAACCAUCGCAAUGAGUUCUGGAGUGCUCUGCUGGAGAAGGCUUAUGCUAAGCUCCAUGGUUCGUAUGAAGCCCUGAAAGGUGGGAACACUACAGAGGCCAUGGAGGACUUCACAGGAGGAGUGACAGAGUUUUUUGAAAUCAAGGAUGCUCCCAGAGACAUGUACAAGAUCAUGAAGAAAGCCAUCGAGAGGGGUUCCCUCAUGGGCUGCUCCAUUGAUGAUGGCACAAACAUGACCUAUGGAACCUCUCCUUCUGGGCUGAAAAUGGGGGAGUUGAUUGAGCGGAUGGUGAGGAAUAUGGAUAACUCGCGGCUCAGGGACUCAGACCUCAUCCCUGAGGGAUGCUCAGAUGACAGACCGACUCGGACGAUUGUUCCAGUUCAGUAUGAGACAAGAAUGUCCUGUGGGCUGGUCAAAGGCCAUGCCUACUCAGUCACUGGGCUGGAGGAGGCCCUGUACAAGGGUGAGAAAGUGAAGCUGGUGCGGCUGCGGAACCCCUGGGGCCAGGUGGAGUGGAAUGGCUCCUGGAGUGACAGCUGGAAGGACUGGAGCUACGUGGACAAGGACGAGAAGGCCCGUUUGCAGCACCAAGUCACUGAGGAUGGAGAGUUCUGGAUGUCCUACAAUGAUUUUAUCUACCAUUUCACAAAGCUGGAGAUCUGCAACCUCACAGCUGAUGCCCUGGAGUCCGACAAGCUUCAGACUUGGACAGUGUCCGUGAAUGAGGGCCGCUGGGUGAGGGGCUGCUCUGCCGGAGGCUGCCGCAACUUCCCAGACACUUUCUGGACCAACCCACAGUACCGUCUGAAGCUCCUUGAGGAGGACGACGACCCCGAUGAUUCCGAGGUGAUCUGUAGUUUCCUAGUGGCCCUGAUGCAGAAGAACCGGAGGAAGGACCGGAAGCUGGGGGCUAACCUCUUCACCAUCGGUUUUGCCAUCUACGAGAUGCAUGGCAACAAGCAGCACCUGCAGAAGGACUUUUUCCUGUACAACGCCUCCAAGGCCAGGAGCAGAACCUACAUCAACAUGCGGGAGGUGUCCGAGCGCUUCCGCCUGCCUCCCAGCGAGUACGUCAUUGUGCCCUCCACGUACGAGCCCCACCAGGAGGGCGAGUUCAUCCUCCGGGUCUUCUCGGAAAAGAGGAACCUCUCUGAGGAAGUUGAGAAUACAAUCUCCGUGGACCGGCCAGUGAAAAAGAAAAAAACCAAGCCCAUCAUCUUCGUUUCAGACAGAGCAAACAGCAAUAAGGAGCUGGGUGUGGACCAGGAAACAGAGGAGGGCAAAGACAAAACAAGCCCUGAUAAGGAAGCGAAAUCCCCACAGCCAGAGCCCGGCAACACUGACCAGGAAAGUGAGGAACAGCGGCAAUUCCGGAAUAUUUUCAGGCAGAUAGCAGGCGACGACAUGGAGAUCUGUGCAGAUGAGCUCAAGAAUGUCCUUAACAGAGUUGUGAACAAACAUAAGGACCUGAAGACACAAGGCUUCACGCUGGAGUCCUGCCGUAGCAUGAUCGCUCUCAUGGAUACAGAUGGCUCUGGGAGACUGAACCUGCAAGAGUUUCAUCACCUCUGGAAGAAGAUUAAGACGUGGCAGAAAAUUUUCAAACACUAUGACACAGACCAAUCUGGCACCAUCAACAGCUACGAGAUGCGCAAUGCAGUCAAUGAUGCAGGCUUCCACCUCAACAACCAGCUCUACGAUAUCAUCACCAUGCGCUACGCAGACAAACACAUGAACAUCGACUUCGACAGUUUCAUCUGCUGCUUUGUCAGGCUGGAGGGCAUGUUCAGAGCUUUCAAUGCAUUUGACAAGGAUGGGGACGGUAUCAUCAAACUCAACGUUCUCGAGUGGCUGCAGCUCACCAUGUAUGCCUGA